CUAGAGUGCCUGCGUUAUAACGAAUCCGCGUCGAAAAGUCUAAGGGCUAUUUUACAUCGCCUCUCCCACGUGUUCUCUUCCAUCCAGCGGCUGCGGCGCCCGCCCUGAUCCAGACCCUCCGCCCCUAGACUGGACUGGCAACGCAGCCCCCCAGCCUCGCACUGGUGUCGGAUGCGAGAGCCUGUGCUUAAGUAAGAAAUCAGGCUUCAUUGGAGACAUUCAAGCAAAGGUUGGACAACUAAUUUUCCAGAACAAAAAGGAAACUCAUGCAUCAGAAAAGGAAAUUUCACUGGGACCUGAUAGGAAUUACAUUAAGCCUGUAUAUUAAUUCUGGGUGACUAAUAAACAUAUCAAAAGAAUAUGGCUGCACAAAUACCAGAAUCUGAUCAGAUAAAACAGUUUAAAGAAUUUCUUGGAACCUACAAUAAACUUACAGAAACCUGCUUUUUGGACUGCGUUAAAGACUUCACAACAAGAGAAGUAAAACCUGAAGAGACCACCUGUUCAGAACAUUGCUUACAGAAAUAUUUAAAAAUGACACAAAGAAUAUCCAUGAGAUUUCAGGAAUAUCAUAUUCAGCAGAAUGAAGCCCUGGCAGCCAAAGCAGGACUCCUUGGCCAACCACGAUAGAGGAGUCCUGAUGGCUGGACUUUAGAUGAAACAUUGCCAGCAGCUGUUGUGAUGGAAAUGAGGAUUCAUCUGAUGGAAUCCCCUGAAAGCAGUAGCCACCAUGUUAAGCUGUCAUGACUGACUGGCAAGUGGGAAACAACUAGAGAAACAAAAUUGCUAUUUACCACGAAUAAUCAAAAUAGAAGGUCUUAUUGUUCAAUCAAAAUAAUAAGAUGCAACAUUUGUUGAGGCCUUAAGAUUCAGCAGCUUGGUAACUUCAUUAGAUAAAUAAACCUUUGUUUCUUCAAUUGUGACUGUUAAUUUUAAAAGCAAAAUAAUGUGUUCAAUCAUGUAUGAGAUAGAAAAAAUUUUUUAUUACUAAAAGUAAAAUAAAUGGAAAUAUCACUGAGCAGUUGUUUAUACUAUAUAUAGUACCAUAGUAUGCUGACUGGACUGUGGAUACGUUGAAAUGUUUUUCAAUCACGAUCAUCCUCCAAGUAUUCCUGUUCAUUCAUGUCUGUCUCAAAUUGCUGGUAAAUACAUAAAAUAGUUACUUGCUAAUAAUUUCAAUGCACAAUCCUUUUCUUGCGUCCCUUCUUGCAUCAGGAUGGGUAUUACACAUUCUUAUCCUAGCCAUAUUUUCAUAUAUCUUCAGGACACAUCCCAUCUGAGAUUACCUUGGGAAUGUUUAAGAGUUGACUAUUAUGCUCUAGUGAAGACUGUGUUUUGUGUUUUGUCCGAACGCUGAGAGUCUAACAAUAUACAGUGUAUUCUCAGCUAUGUCAUGUGAUCAAUGCAAUAAAAAGUGAACCGAA